GGACGGAGCAGCAGCAGCAGGAGGCGGGGGGAGUGAGGCGGCUGCCUGGGGGACCGGAGAGGCGGUGCCGUACCGCCCGCCGCUGUUCAUGACUGCUCCCUCCAGCCGGCUGGCGGCGCCCCCCGCCCCCGCCCGCGGUGCCGGCGAGAGCAAGGGCGUCACCUUCGAGCAGAACAAGCGGCAGCUGGAGCAGCUGAGGCUGCUCACCAUGCUGGAGGGCAACCGCACCUGCGCCGACUGCGCCUCCCCCGCCGCCGCCGCGCGCCCCUCCUGGGCGUCCAUCAACCUGGGCGUCUUCCUGUGCAUGCGCUGCGCGGGGGUGCACCGCGGUCUGGGUGUGCACGUGAGCCGCGUGCGCUCCACCACCCUGGACACCUGGCUGCCGGAGCAGGUGGACAACAUGGCGCGGCUGGGGAACAAGCGGGCCAACGCCCACUUCGAGGCCGCGCUGACCCCCGGUGUGCGCCCCCCGCGAGACUGCACCCGGGAGCUGGAGCGCUUCGUGCGGCUUAAGUACGUGGACAAGGUGUGGGCCGCCAAGGGGCCCUGGCCGCCCGAGGAGGAGCAGCCGCCCGCACCCGCCGGCAGCCAGGGAGUGACCCGCGGGUCGCUCCCGACCCCGCCUGCCAUUGGGCUGGGAGCACCCGCACCCGCUGCCUCACGCAGCGGUGUGCCGGGGGGCGGCCCGGGGGGCGCCGGCGGCUUCGGAGACGCCCCGCCCGCCUGGACUGCCUUCGACUCCCUCCCCUCCCCAGCUGGUGCUGCGGCGCCCUCUCGCCCUCAGCCAGCGGUGGCAGCGGUACGACUGCCCCCGCCGCCGCCUGUGGAUGCCACCGGUGUGGUAUGGCCGCCGCAGCAGCCUCAGCAACAGCAACCUCAGCCGGCGGGUUGGGCGGGUACGUGGGCAUGGCCUGGGAACGGCAGCGGAGCGGGUCGGGCGGGGUCGGGCGGUGGCGGUGGUGGUGGCGACUUGCUUCUGCAGCUGGAUAGCGAGGAGGAUGAGGAUGAUGAGGAGGAGGGCGAGGGUGGGGCCGCAUGUGCGGGUGGGGCAGGGGCUGCCCCCCCCGGCGGCUCGGCUCUGUGGGAGCUGCUGGACCCCUCCCUGGAC